AUGCAACAUGCGACGGACCGCGCUGCAGGCCCGGUUCCGGAGUCGACUGCCACUGCGACACCUUCCAUUCCGGAGGUCCCAGAGCUCACGAAGGACUUCGCUCCCGGUACAGAGGUGGUCAUCGAAGGAUUGCAGAAGUUUCCGGCUUUCAACGGGCUUCGCGGCACGGUUCAGCUGCUGGACAAGACCACAGGGCGCUACAACGUGCAGCUGUCUUCUUCCGAUGGGCCCCUCGAGCAGAUCGCGAAGAUCAAAGGUGACAACCUUCGAAUGUUGGUGCCACCGCCUCCGCCUUUCGAGUCCAGCGUCACGGUCAAGGUGGAGACGCCUUCCGCAAUGCAUGCGAGGGCGCCCGACUUCGUGCCGAUGCGGCAGAUGGGCUUGACAAACAUUCCGCCCAAUCCUCACUGGCAGGAGAAGCAGCGGAACAUGCUGUCAAGACAUGUGAGUCACGUCUCCGUUGUCCACGCUGACGACGAGUAG